AGGCUGUAGCAUGGGACAGCAAUGUUGUCCAGGGAAGGUGUUAUUCCUGACGAUUAUGUCCUGACCCGGUUGGCGGAGGACGUCCUGCAACCCAAAUUCAAGACUAAACAGAGGAAGUCGCGCUUUGUGGACAAGAACGGCACGUGCAACGUAGCGCACACGAACAUCCGCGAACAGGGCCGCUUUCUGCAGGACGUGUUCACCACGCUGGUGGAUCUAAAAUGGCUUUACACGCUGAUUAUCUUCACCAUGUCUUUCCUGUGCACUUGGUUCCUGUUUGGCAUGAUCUGGUGGCUCGUUGCUUUCGCACACGGCGACCUGGACACGAACGCGGACGGAUUUGUUCCGUGCGUCACCCAAAUACACUCGUUCUCCUCGGCGUUCUUGUUCUCCAUCGAAGUUCAGGUGACGAUAGGAUUCGGAGGGCGCAUGAUUACGGAGGAGUGCGUGUCCGCAGUUAUAGUGUUGAUCGUACAGAACAUUGUGGGCCUGCUGAUUAACGCGAUCAUGCUAGGCUGCAUCUUUAUGAAGACUGCGCAAGCGCGCCGCCGCGCUGAGACCCUGAUCUUCAGCAAACACGCGGUGAUCUCGCUGAGGAACGGCAAGUUGUGCCUCAUGGUGCGCAUCGGAGACCUGCGCAAGAGCAUGAUCAUCAGCGCCACAGUGCACAUGCAGCUGGUGCGCCGCAACACCACGAACGAGGGCGAAGUGAUUCCGCUGGAGCAGACCGACAUCCAGACGGACAACCCGGUGGGCGGAAGCAGCAUCUUCCUCGUGUCUCCGCUCGUCAUCAGCCACGUGAUUGACAAGAGCAGCCCCAUGUACGAGCUGUCAGCUGAAGACUUACAGCGCGAAAACAUCGAGGUGGUGGUGGUGUUGGAGGGCGUGGUGGAGACCACCGGCAUCACCACACAGGCGCGCACAUCCUACGUGUCUGAGGAGAUCCUGUGGGGUCAGCGCUUCGUGCCCACUGUGUCCGAGGACGACGGCAUGUACGCCGUGGAUUACUCCAAAUUCGGCAAAACGGUGAAGGUUCCCACGCCGAUCUGCAGUGCCCGGAAGUUGGACGAGGAAGACGGCGUGGUUUGGUUUAAACCGCGAGACCUCACAUCCGCCAGAGGUUCUGUGCGAAGGCGAGUAAAACGGCAAGCGACCCAUCACGAUGCGUGAACCUUACUGUCAUGGGGAAAAUUCCUUUUUAGAUAGGGCUACUGCGUGCACUUCAUCUAUAACCUAUAGAUUAAAUCAGCUUGAAACUGAUUCUAUAUGUUCUUUAAAGUUUUGAAUUGAAUUUUUUUAAAUGCUGAUGAAAUGUAGGCAUGCAAUAAAUAAAUUAGCCCGUGUGAAGUGUUACUACAUACAAUGCUCUCCACUAAUAUUAGCACCCUUUGUAAAUAUGAGCAAGGAAGGCUGUGAAAAAUUGUCUUUAUUGUUUAACCUUUUGAUAUUUUGUUUAAAAAAAAAUCCAAAAAUACUCUGCUCUCAUGGAUAUCAAACAAUUGCAAAUACAACACAGGUUUAUAAAAAUAUAUAUAUAACUUUGUUAAAUAUAGGUAU